CCUGAGCCUCCAGCUGAGUUAUAAAUACACCUUCCCGACUCGCACACACCUUUUCUCUCCCUUAGGACAGGGCAAAGUGCUGCAGUGCUCUUAUCAGAUACGAGAUGAAAGGCAGAGAUUGAGCUGCUCCCGCCGCAGGAGCUCAUGGCUGUCCUGGCCGUUCUCAUAUCUGUUAUCUAACCUUCCUAUGGAUAAACAAAUGCAGCGUGAAGGAGUUCACAUCCAAACUACUAAGUCAGUCGAUUCAGUAGUCAAACAGUAGUUAUUAUACAUAUUUUUUUGUGGACUCCAAACAUGUUGUUAGUUUGGGCAUUGUUAGUUUGGCAUUGUAAGUGGGAUGUUUCUCAGACUGAAAUAGUCAUUUCAGUUCACAGGUAGUAUAGCUCGUAAUAAUAAAAACAAAAAUCCCACUCCCUUUUUUUUCUCAAGCUCCUUACGAUGCAAAGCGCAAUUAAAUGCCAGAUGCAGCCUUGGGCCAGUCACGAUUUGUGUUCAGGACAGUGAGAGAACACCUCCUGUCUCUUAAUGAUUUCCACAGAGAUCUAAAAAACACAUACCAGUCGUUGGUGAAGCAGCUUAACCACAGACACUGGCAUUUUCAAGUUUCUUUGCAGCCAAAUGACAUACGCCUGCUGCCAAGUUUAAAAUAGUAAUUAUAUGAGAAUUGCAUAAUAUAUACCGUAUGGGAACAUAUAAUGGUGCUCAUCAAAGGCAACAGAUGAAUAGUGUAUGCGACACUCCAGAGACAGAGUGGCAAAAGCCUUCACAUUACGAUGUAACACUUCACUUGCCAGCUAAAAUUCAGUAGAAAAUAGGCGAAAGGUCCUUCAGUAGCAUACUGUCCUUGAUUACGUUAUUAGAACAGACCGCUGAGAGUGGAACCUGAAGGUGAAUGGAGUCUGCUGGCUCCAUUUCUCUGGCUGAUCUCUCUUACUCAGCAUUCACUCAGCAUUCUUGUCCAAGGUCCCCCAUCUGAUAUUUCAAAAGUCAUUUUUCAGUUAAGUAAUUAAAAUAGUAAAUAAUGUGAUUCUGGUCACCCUAGGUGAGAGACCCAUUUCAAUAUCACCCUUUUACCCUUCUGUCUCUUAGCCUGAUGCAGAAACAUGGUUUUAAAAUGAAGCUAAAUUUCUCUGCGGUUUUCAGGCAGUCUCCAUAAGAUUCGAAUGGUCUUUGAAUGACAUUUCUAUCAGACACAGUCAAAAGCAAUUCGUGACAGAGUUGGGAUUGCAAAGGAUCUAGAAAAAUACCCAAACCACAUAAUACUCAUCCAUCCAGCAUGUAAUCAGCCAUCUGGGCUUUCAGAGGGUCGAGCCAUCUUCUAUAAAAGACACAGACACAUCUGAGUCAGUCUGUCACGGAUAUGAGAGACAUCUUUUUGGGUUUCAUUUAGGAGGGCAAACUAGUCCACAGCCAAACCAGUCUGGACACAUAUAGAGGUUUUUUGAAGUGUUUCACAAACAUAUUUGCAAACACAUAGUAAUCAAAGGGAAAUACAUUGAAUAUUUGAUAUAAAUAGUACAACUAAUUGAACACAACAUAGAGUAGAUUAUACUGUCAAGCAUAAAACACCACAAAGCGAAAAUUAAAGUCUAAAGUCUAAAUUACAAACACAGUACAGGAGCAGCAAGCUGUCAUCAUGAAAUAACAUUUGUAUUGUCUGAAUGAGCUCCUUAGGAUCCCCAGUGGCCAACCAGACAUAUGCAGUCGCUUGGCCACAGGCCAUAAAACUCUAACCAAUUACUAACCUUUAGGCUGAUGUUUACAGGGGAAAAUCUUUGCUUUAAUUAAAGAUAUAGAGUAGGCUAAAGGCCACACAGCAGUCCACAAUACAAAACAGCCCCAAUACGUAUCCGACUUUGCAGACAUCAUGCCAGUAGCUUGCAGAGUCACUCGGCUGUACUUGAUUUCUCCAUUAUAAGCACCGGUAUCUAUCUUUGAUGGCAAUAAUAGUCCUCUGUGCAUUUUAUCUACUGAAAACAUAAUUAACAAGAGCUGGAAUUCAGCCAGACUGAUUCUCUACAGCCCAUUACACACAGAGAAUUAUUACACACAUGACUUCAUGUACAUUAAGGACUUGACUAUGUAUUGGUUAUUAAGCAACGUUUGACAAUGGGCAUAAAAAUGAAAAGUAUCUGUAUGUAAAUCAGUCCUCUGUGGCGUUGUUUGUACUGCCUGGCCGUGCCCUUCACAAAUCAGUGUCUGACCAAACACUGUGAGAUAAUAGGCUUAUGGUCCCGUUCAGAGGGCAAGAGAGCAGAUAUUGAUAAAGCGCUGCGCCGAGCAGAUCAUCCCUCAUUUGUGAAGUUUGUGGAUGCGGUGAGCAGAUGUCUGGGAAGUUCCUCUUGGCUUUGAUGGCGGUGGCGGCUGUGGUGGUGGGCCACACCGUGGGGGCCCAGUCCACACUGGAGGACAACGCCAGGCAGUUCCUCAAAUGGGUUGACGACAACGCCACAGAGCUCGUGUACGACUACACCCGGUCAUCCUGGAAUUACAACACCAACAUAACUGCUGAAAAUGCUGACAAAGUGUCUGAAAUGGGUGCAAUAUGGAGUGCAUACUACACCAAAGCUUCCGAGGACUCUCUCUCGUUCCCUAUUGAUCAAAUAAAGGACCCUAUGAUGAAGCUACAACUAAUAGCACUUCAGGACAAGGGAUCUGGUGUUUUGCCACAAGACAAGCUUGAUCAUCUGAAUCAAGUAAUGAAUGAAAUGGGCACCAUCUAUAGCACAGGAACUGUGUGCAUGAAGGACGAUCCAUUUAACUGCCAAACUCUGGAACCAGGUCUUGAAAGCAUCAUGGCCAACAGUAAGGACUACUAUGAGCGUCUGCAUGUGUGGGAGGGCUGGCGGGCAGUGGUGGGCAAAAAAAUGAGGCCCCUCUACGAGGACUACGUCGAUCUGAAGAAUGAAGCUGCCAAGCUUAAUGGUUAUGCUGAUUAUGGCGCCUACUGGAGAUCAAACUACGAGACAAUGGAUGAAGGGAUCUACCAUUACACUCGUGAUGACCUUAUGAAGGAUGCUCGUGUGAUAUAUCAAGAGAUAAUGCCCUUGUACAAGGAGCUCCAUGCAUAUGUGAGGGCGAAGCUCCAGGAAGCCUACCCAGGGCACAUUCAUCCUGAGGGGGGACUGCCCGCUCAUCUUCUGGGCGAUAUGUGGGGCAGAUUUUGGACAAAUUUGUAUCCACUAUCUGUACCUUAUCCACACAAGCCGGAUAUUGAUGUCUCUGACGCUAUGAUGAACCAGGGGUGGACAAUCAGACGGAUGUUUGACGAGGCUGAGAAGUUCUUUGUGUCUGUGAACUUGUUUGAACUCUUUCCCAAUUUCUGGACGAACUCCAUGAUCGAAAAACCUGAAGAUGGUAGACAGGUUGUGUGCCACCCAACAGCCUGGGACAUGGGCAACAGACUGGACUACAGAAUCAAAAUGUGCACCAAAAUCAACAUGGAUGACUUCCUUACGGUCCACCACGAGCUAGGUCACAUCCAGUACAACAUGGCCUACCGCGAUCUGCCCUACGUACUGAGAGAUGGAGCCAACGAGGGCUUCCACGAGGCCGUGGGCGAGAUCAUGUCUCUCUCGGCAGCCACACCCAAACACCUGAAGGCCCUUGGGCUGCUCCCAGCUGACUUUACGGAUGACACUGAGACGGAGAUUAACUUCCUGAUGAAGCAGGCCCUGACUAUCGUGGCUACUAUGCCCUUCACCUACAUGCUAGAGGAGUGGAGGUGGCAGGUGUUCCAGGGCACCAUCCCUAAGAACGAGUGGAUGAAGCGUUGGUGGGAGAUGAAGAGAGAGCUUGUGGGCGUGGUGGAGCCACUGCCCAGGGAUGAGACGUACUGUGACCCGCCGGCACUGUACCACGUUUCCAGCGAUUUCUCUUUCAUAAGGUACUUCACAAGAACCGUCUACCAGUUCCAGUUGCAGGCAGCACUGUGUGAAGCAGCUGGACACAUUGGUCCUCUGUUUAAGUGUGACAUCACUAACUCCACAGCAGCAGGCAACAAGUUGAAGGCCAUGUUAGAACUGGGGAAAUCACAGUCAUGGACCCGAGCUUUGGAGCAGGUGGCUGGGGUGACAAGGAUGGAUUCCAAACCCCUGAUGGAUUACUUCAGCGUCCUCUAUGAUUGGCUGAAGGUGGAGAAUCAGAAACACAACAGGAACCCGGGGUGGAAGAGCUCCCAGGACCCAUUUUCGGUUGAUGCGUUUAAAGUGCGAUUGAGCCUGAAAGCUGCGCUAGGAGACCAGGCUUAUCCCUGGAAUGGCAAUGAAAUGUACCUGUUUAAGACUUCUAUGGCUUAUGCCAUGCGACAGUACUAUACAAUGGAGAAAGGACAACAGGUGGACUUCAUGUCAGAGAAUAUCUACACUUACACAGAAACCCCCAGGAUCUCGUUCUAUUUUGUGGUGACUGAUCCAGCCAACCCUGUCAAAACUAUUCCAAAGGCAGAAGUGGAGGCAGCCAUUCGCUUAUCCAGAGGGCGUCUCAACAGUGUAUUCCUCCUUGAUGAUAACACCUUAGAGUUUGAGGGUCUCAUGGCAAAAUUAGCCCCGCCCGCAGAGCCUACAGUGGAGGUGUGGCUGAUCGUGUUUGGUGUGGUCAUUGGCUUUGUGGUGUUGGUGGGAGCCUUCUUGAUUGUCUCAGGAUUCCGAAACAGGAGGAAAUCACAGAAAGAGGAAGAAGAAUCCAGCGACCAUGGAAGCCAGCUUGAAGGAGUGACAAAUAAAACCUUUGAAGACGAUGAUCGCCAGACAGGAUUUUAAAAACACAACAGCUCAUGAAUCUACUAUUUUUUUAACAGCAACGCAAUAUCACAUUUUAAUGAAAAUGAUAUAGAUCUAGAAUAUGUUUAUAUGUAAAGAGAUUGUUUGUAUAUUUUAAUAUUAAAAUUUAAAUAAUGCUGUAUACUA